AUGACAACGGUGUCCAUGGAACCCGUAGGAGUCCUGGUGGAAAGGAGUGCCAAUGCCACUGACUCACCCAUGAACUCACACCAGGAUGCAGCUGCCACCUUUACCAUUGGUACCAUCCUCUCUGUCAUGUGCCUCAUCGGAGUCUCAGGGAACAUCUACACCCUGGUGGUCAUGUGCCAGUCUAUGAGGACUGCAGCCUCGAUGUACAUCUACAUUAUAAACUUAGCUUUAGCUGACUUGCUGUAUCUUCUCACCAUCCCUUUCGUAGUCUGCACACACUUCUUGAAGGGAUGGCACUUUGGAGAUGCAGGGUGUCGAAUACUGAUCAGCAUGGACUUCCUGACCAUGCAUGCCAGCAUCUUUACAUUGACCAUCAUGAGCACAGAACGUUAUUUUGCAGUGCUCAAGCCACUUGAUACGGUCAAGCGAUCCAAAAGUUACCGGAAAGCUAUUGCUUUGCUGGUCUGGGCAGCCUCUCUGAUUCUGACUCUGCCGAUGAUUAUGAGCAUCCAGUUAAUGACAGUGGGCACCAAGCUUAUCUGCCAGUCCACAUUAUCCACACUGUCUUACAAGAUUUAUAUCUCCUUCCUAUUUUGCACAAGCAUCAUUGCUCCAGGACUGAUUAUUGGCUAUCUCUACAUCCAGCUAGCUCGCACUUACUGGAUUUCACAAACAGAAAGCUUCAAGCAGACCAAGAAACUACCAAAUCAAAAGGUGCUGUAUCUGAUUUUCACCAUUGUGCUUCUCUUCUGGGCUUGCUUCCUGCCUUUUUGGAUCUGGCAGCUGCUAUUUCAAUUCUACCACCCAUUGCCCCUCUCUGACAAAGCAAAACGCAACAUCAACUACCUGACCACGUGCCUGACAUACUGCAACAGCUGCAUCAACCCAUUCCUUUACACGCUGCUCACCAAGAACUAUAAGGAGUACCUGAGGAAGCACAACAGGUCUUGGACAGGAGGCCACUACUUCAACCGGCGGAGUCGAUUUCAGCGGUCACCACGUAGGUCACCAUCUGCUAGCAGCCAGCAGUGUACUGAGAGCUUCAUGCUGACACAUACAGCUUCUCUACGAGCUCAUAAUAGCAGCUUGUGA